AUGAGCUCACCUUUCACUGCCGAGCAUGUAGCCGAGUGGGCCUCAUUUGGCACAAAACUGAAGGGGAAGCCUACGCCUAAACAGCAAUUGGCCGCCAAGGAGCGCAAGGCAAAAUGUAGCGAAAUGAAAAAGCGUCUUGUUAAGGAGCUCAAUGACCCCAACUGGACUGAAAAGAAAAUCGAGAAAGAGCUUGAUCGUCUAGCUGAAGAGGGUGGAAAGGUUGCUGAACGCCCAGAGUACCUUGAUGGUCCCAGUGGAACCCGUGAUUUCUAUCCUCCAGAAAUGAAGGUGCAGAACUGGUUGUUUGACAAAUUUCGUGAAACCGCCAAGAGUUUCGGGUUUCAAGAAUACGACGCCCCGGUUCUAGAGCAUGUAAAGCUAUACGAGCGAAAAGCUGGAGAGGAAAUCGUUGAUCAGAUGUACAACUUCACAGAUAAGGAAGGCAAACAUGUUACAUUGAGGCCGGAAAUGACCCCAACCUUGGCACGUAUGGUCCUGAACAAAACCAAUUUGCAGACUGGUGAGGUUCGAUUGACGUUACCUCUCAAAUGGUUCUCAAUCCCACAAUGCUGGAGAUUUGAAACAACUCAACGUGGAAGAAAAAGAGAGCAUUACCAAUGGAAUAUGGAUAUUGUUGGCGUCGAUCAUGUGAACGCUGAAUUGGAGCUCUUGGCUGCGGCUUGCUUCUUUUUCAAAAGUCUUGGGAUUGGCCCAGAAGCUGUUGGUAUCAAAAUCAAUUCCCGUGCAGUCCUAGAAGUCGUUUUGGCGAAGCACAAUAUCAAGAAGGGACAGAAGGAUGAGGAUGGCGGUGACAUUUUCGCAAAGGCCUGUGUCAUCAUCGAUAAGCUUGACAAAAUUGGUGGAGAAGCUGUGACUGAAUUGUUGGGUGGGAUUGGUGUGAACGCAGAGUCGGCGGCUGACAUCUUGCAGGCUCUUCAGGCCCCAACUGUUGACGCCCUGACGGAUCACAUAGGGGCUGAAUCAGAAUCAGUUGAAGAAGUCCGGCGUCUUUUCCAACUUGCAGAAGAGUACGGAAUCAGCGAUUAUUUGGUUUUUGAUGCUAGCGUUGUACGAGGACUUGCUUACUACACUGGUAUUGUCUGGGAAGCGUUUGAUCGCCGUGGCGAACUGCGAGCCAUCAUGGGUGGUGGGCGUUAUGAUCGAUUGCUAGAGCUUUAUGGCGGAGAGAAAUGUCAGAUUCCAUGCGUUGGAUUCGGCUUUGGAGACUGUGUCAUCAUGGAGCUUCUGAAAGAAUGCAACAAGUUGCCUGAAUUCCAGGGAUCUGGCGUCGACUAUGUUGUCUGCGCCUUCAGUCCCGAUUUGUAUGGAUCUGCAGCAAAGAUUUCAGCGCAACUACGAGCUUGUGGAUGCAGCGUUGAUUUGAUGCCAAGCCCGAAGAAAAAUGCAAAAGCAAGCUUCAAGCAUGCAGAUCAGACUGGUGCAAAGCGAAUGGUUUUCGUGGCACCCGAUGAAAUUAGUAGGAGUGUUGUGCGGGUCAAGGAUCUUCGAACCAAAGACAAAAAUGGCGAAGCCGUCCAAGUUGACUGUCCAGUUGACAAAUUAGACACAGUAGAUGCAUUGGUAGCAGAAGCCGCAGCAAAAUAA